GGUUCAGGUAUGCGGAAAAAUAUAUAAGUAACUCGUUUCCAGUGUUCAAGUUAGAUAUAGCUUUCAUACCACAAGAGACACCAGAAACGAACUCGUCUUUCAUCAGCUCCAGUCAUAUCUUGAGUAACUUUUUUAACCUGUCAUCAAAGAUGACCCAACAAGCCCAACUUUCCGCUAUUCUCGACAAAUUCCACCAAACUACACCUAAGCCAGUCCAAUCGGUGAUUAACAAAACUCGGAACGACUUCAUUGCUUCCUUCGACCCCAAGAAGGCGAUACAUGUCGGUGACCAUCUCCCUGAGUUCCGUCUUACCGAUGCCGUUGGCACUCAACGUGAGAGCGGCGAACUCCUGACUCAUGGACCGCUUUUGAUCACAUUUUACCGUGGUGAAUGGUGUCCAUUCUGUAACAUUGCUCUUGUUGGAUUUCAGAAAAUCAUGGACGAUAUCAAAGCGAAUGGGGUCACCUUUGUGGCCAUCAGCCCACAGCUGCCUAACGAGUCGUUGAGUACCGCGGAAAAGCACGAUCUGCAAUUCCCCGUACUUUCUGACGUAGGAAACGAAUAUGCAAGGCAGCUAGGCAUUCUGUUUCACCAACCAGAUUCUCUUAGACCGAUCUUUGAGAAGUUCGGCCACAGUUUGCCAGAGCGCAACGGCGACGAUUCGAUGAUUGUCCCAGUACCAGCGACUAUUCUGGUUGACAAAGAUGGAAUUGUAAAGAAUUUAUUCCUUGAUCCAGACUACACAAAGAGGGUUGAGCCUGCGACAGUUCUGGAGUGGAUUUCUGCAUUGAAACAUUGAGAGCACUAGAAACAUGUCAGACUAUGUUGGAUGAUGUUCUAUAUUUUGAUUCCGCUAGCAAGGAGUUUAUUCUAUAUAAGAAUAUUUACUAAGAACCUAGUUUAAAAAAGUUAUAGCUGAUAACUUUAGCUCGGCC